AUGGCAAGGAUUAGUGGAGCUCUUGUGCUCCUGGCCAUCGUCCUUCUGGCCCUCUUUGCGGCCAGCAGCCAGGCGCAGAAGAACCAGAACAAGCAGAAGAAACAGCGGCCAGCACCAGGCGAUGUCCAGGGUAACAUGGGUCACCACAAGAACAAGCGACCCAGGCCCCAGCAGGGCCAAAAGCAGAAGCAGAAGCCCAACAAGCAGCAAAUGCAGAAUGUCCAGGAGCCUACGGUAUUCACCGUUUCCGUUCCCGAAUUGGGCAAGCUUCGCGGUCGCACCUUGAGCACGGAUUGGACUGGUCAAAAGAUUAUGCAAUUCCUCGAUAUUCCCUACGGCAAAGCUGAUCGAUUUAAGCCAGCUGAACCCGCACCAGCUUGGAGGGGCUCUUUACCCGCCCAUCGUCCUCACGCCGGAUGUCCAUCUAUCCAGGAUCUGCUCAUGUUCUCCAAACUGGAGGAGGAAGGCUACGAUGUGGAGGACUGCCUGCGGCUAACCAUAAACACAAAGGCGAUGGAGGGAAAAUCCAUGCCGGUGAUGGUAUACAUCCAUGGUGACUUCUUCUACGACGGUGACUCAGUGGAGGCCGCUCCUGGCUAUUUGCUGGAGCACGAUGUGGUUCUGGUCUCUGUCCGUUAUCGCCUGGGACCCUUCGGCUUCCUCUCCACGCUGACCAACGAUAUGCCCGGCAAUGCCGCUGUCACGGAUAUUAUCCUGGCCCUCAAGUGGCUGCAGAAGCACAUUGCCUCCUUUGGUGGUGAUCCCAAACGGGUCACACUUUUCGGUCAAGUGGGUGGAGCAGCGUUGGUCAAUGUGCUCACCCUGAGUCCUGCAGUUCCGGCUGGACUCUUCCACCGGGUGAUCUAUCAGUCGGGCACGGCUCUGUCGCCGGCCUUUAUCACGGACAAGCCGCUGGGUGCCACCAAGGCCAUUGGCAAAAUCGCCGGCUGCAAGCAGCCUGGAAAGGUGGAUCAGCUCAAUAAGUGUUUGGAACGCCUGAAUACCACGAUGCUCCUGGCCGCCUUCAGCGUGCAUGGUGAAAAUCAGCCCUCCCUGUCCGGCGGAGCUUACGGUGGAGUGCAGUUGGUCAUUGGUGGUCCUUCCGGCAUCCUUCCCGAACAUCCUGGACGCCUGCUGGCCGCCGAGAAGUUCCAAGCUUAUCCCACAAUGGGUGGCAGUGUGAAGAAUGGAGGAACCUUUAUGUUGAGGGACAUCUUUGCUGAUACAUUUAAUGAGACAAUUUUGGAUGACAAAAUGACGGGAAGACAAUAUAUUGAUACCAUUAUCGAGCAUGCCAAUGGUGCUGAUCCCACUGGCUCCUGGAGAGAGUUUUCCGACGAGGAGAUUUUCUCGGAAGCCGAUGUCAAGAAUGGCACCUUCAAGCGUUUAACUUCGGGAUUAAUUGAUCUCUGCAGCACCAUUUCCCUGAAGAAUCCCGUGCUGCUGGUGCUCCAGGCCAAUGCCAAGAAGUUGCCCAACAGCACUUACCUGUACACCUUUGACUGAGGAGAGCAGAAUCGCUAUGCCACCAGUUCUGAGGAGGCCAGUUUUAUGCCCUUCGACAUGGGAACUUCGCUGACGGACGACAACCUGUAUCUAUUCCCUUGGCCACGGUUCCUGGCCCUCAACUCCAACCGAGACAUUAAGAUGGCCCGACGUAUGGUUUCCCUGUGGACAUCCUUUGCCACGACGGGGGUUCCCCGGGCUCCCGGUGUGCCAGAAUGGCCAACGAUGAAUGAUGAAACGGGUCCUUAUAUGCGUAUCGGUCGUACCGUCACCUUUAGUGACAAUUACCUAGAUGAAUAUCGCAUUGCCGUGGAGGAGGAAAAGCAUGGUUACAGCCUGGUCAACGAGGACUUUUAUGAGCUGGAAUCCGCCCUGGAGGCGGAGGCCAAGCUAGACAAGGAUCAGGUGGCCGCCUUAGAGGAGGAAGAAGACCAGGAUGAGAGCGAAGAGGAGGGUGAAAGGGCUGCCAAUGAGGGCCGUGGACAGAACCUGGUCUUUAUUGCCAGGAAUCAACUCGUGUCCAAAAGCAAUAGAAAUCUCCGUCUGGCCACAGAUCAGUUGCUUUCCGUGCGCUACAGAGAGUGCUGGUUCGAUCCGCGAUUAUCCCGAACCCGACAGAAGAUGCAGCAGCUCGUGUUUACGAUAUUACUUAUACUCCUCCACAACGGGGUGGAGUCUCGGUUCCGGAACAGGCAGUACGAUGAGGAGAAGGACACCAUCGUGGAACUGCCCAAGCUGGGCAGCAUCCAGGGAAAGAUCCUUGAAACGGCCUGGACAAUGCGUGAAGUGCUGCAAUUUGUGGAUGUCCGAUAUGCAGAGCCUCCCACGGGACUAAAUCGCUUCAAGGUACCCAGAAUAGUAUCCUGA